GGCAUGAGCCAUGAAUCCACCAAAUCAGCGUCAUUAGGAAUGGUCUCCACGGCGACCCGCACCACAGCCACCGUCAGUCCCCUCAGCCCUCUGACCAAUGGGAGCGGGCUCGCCCAGUCUGCCAACUCCGGAUUCGCCGCCGCCCUGCGCAAACUGGCCAAACAGGCUGAGGACCCCCGAGGUUCAGCCCUUAGCGCUGAGUCAUCGCCCGUCUCUUCGCCCGCCACCAGCCACAGCUCGCCGGUCAACACCCCAAAGCGGGCGUCGCUAGGGCCCCUCCUGGCCCAGUCCCGGAGCCACGCCGUCGUCCCUGCCGCCCCUCCCGUGGUCACCAUCGCGCCCACUAAGACAAGUAACGGCUUGUGGAGGGCCGACGGGCGACAGGUUGAGCAAAGCGUUCCGAGGCUGAGCAGCAGUGGUCGCCCGCAGCAGGACAAGAGGACUCCGCCCAUACCCUCGCUGGCUCAUCCCUUUGGACUCACCCCUAGUUCGGUCAUGCAGGACCCCAGAAUGCAGAGCCUCAGUUUACCUGGGCAGAUGCACCCUGCGGUCCCCUCGGGCACCAUCCCCGAGGAAUACCUGAGAGCGCUGCGUCCCUUCGCCACCCCCGACGACAUGCGGCUGACCUCUGUGCCUCUCGGUCUAGACCCCUCGGCUGCUGCCGCCCACGCCGCAGCCGCUGCUUACUACCAUCCGGCCUUCUUGCACCACCCUCUGUCUUUACCUAGAAUGGAGGAAUCCAUGUGUCUGUCAGCGCUCAGGUCGCAGUUUUACUCCAUGCCUGGCGGCGGCACCUUUCCCCCUCUACACCCCUCCGGCCUCCACUUGCACCUGCCCGGGGCGCAUUACCCCGGAGAGCUCAACCACAGUGUGCUCGCUGAGAGGCUGCAGAUGGAGAACGAGCUUCGCCAGCGAGAGAGGGAGAAAGAAAGGGAGGAGGAGAGGGAGAGGGAGCUGGACAGACAGAAGGAGAGGCUGAGGGAACGACAGCAGCAGAUGGUCAGAGCGGCCGAGGGCCACGCGUACCUGGCCGAGGGGCCGCCGAGGAGGGCGCCUCCUCCGCAGGACGGGGCCGGGCCGGGGGAGGGCUUGACCCCCGGCAGACUGGAUAAAGCCAAGGAGUCGGAACACCCAUCUUUCCCGACACAUAAACCCUUGCCCUUGAACCUGCACUCCUCCAGGGGCUCCGUCCCACACCCUGUGCCCAGUCUGGUGCCUUCUCAUCUGGGGAAGCACCACGCUACACCACCCAUCCACGGCGCUCAGGGAUCUACUGUCGCAAAUCAGAGGGCUGGCGAGGACGCCUGGAUGAAAGAUAAUAGAAUGGGACAUCCUAACCAAGGAAUCAAAGAAGUAGCAACUUCCCUCGGCGCGCCGCCUCCUCUCAUCUCCCCAAAAGCUCCAACAACCACCCUGUGGAACCCAGCUUCUUUCGUGGACCGCCGAAAACCUGCUCCACCCAUGCGCCCCCCUCCCGGCCUGACCAGAACUGACCGACCACACCCGGGCUGGGGGGAAAAGGUUGACGAAGGAGUCAGGAGGAGACCGGAAGCUACCGAGAGAUGCUCCCCUGCUCGAGAGGACGACCUCCCGCUACUCCAAAGACACCACGCCAACACCCUCCAGUUGAGACUCUACGCUCCGCUGUCGGACCCCGACGUGGGCAGGGAGCGACAGAGGGAUACCGCGACGGUGUACGACGAAGCGCUCAGGCAACAUCGGCGACUCCUCAGCAAGCUGGAUUUGGAGGAGAAGAGGAGACGGGAGGCCCGCGAAGGAGGUUAUUACUACGACUUAAACGAUUCGUACGACGAGAGCGACGAAGAAGAGGUGAAAGCCCAUCUGAGGAGGGUGACGGAGCAACCACCCCUCAAGCUAAACACGUCCUCUGAGAAAGUUGACUUCCUUCGCACGUGCGGCCUGGUGACGCUGGCCCAACGCGACCAGCUCCUGCAGUGCAAGAGGCGCAAGCGGAGGCGGAUGAUGAGGGAGCGCAGCGCCUCGCCGCCGCCAGCCACGCGUGGGAAGAGGAAGUCUCCCCCGUUGUUGAAGACGCCGUACACCGCCGAGCAGAUGGACGGCGCUCCCGAGCUGCAGGAAAAGAAGGAGUUCCUGCGUGCCUUCAAGCUCUCUCAUGUCAGUGCUCAGCAGCGAAAAGACAAGGAGAAGACCGAAGAGCUGCUGAAGGCCAUUGAGAAGAAGAUUGUGACAUUGGACACGCUUCGUUACAAUGCUGUACCUCCUUGUAGCAGCAGCAGCAGUAGCCCUCCUGCUGCUGCCUCCUCAACCGCGGAGUCCUCAUCAACCCCGCCUUCCUGUCAAUCAAACGGAAAUCACUCGCCAAGCCCCUCCCCGCCAUAUUUACACAAAGCGAGACACGCCCCUUACAACAACUCUGUCCGACAACCGCCUCCACCUUUGGCAUCCCAUCUCGACAAAGCGUCCAACAAGAAGCCGCCGACGGUCCACAACGGUCACCUGGUAGCGCCGCUUAAAAAAGAGCCCGGCGGAGGAGGGAACGGUCGCGUGCGACCCUGGGAGAGGUUCACACCUGAGGCCUUCGCUCAGCACUUCCACCAGGCUGUUCUGCAGUCCACACACCACAAAGGUGAGAUGCCAGCACUCAUCUCCAACUCCAUGAAGACUGAAAAUGCGUUGCCUCGCGACGUCUCUGCGCUGAAAACGCCUCAACUGAACCACAUCGCCCAGCACGUCAAUGGCUAUCGCCCCCGCGAACGUGUGACCGACGAGGAUGUGGACGGUGCUGAAGAUUCAUCUGAAGACGAUGACGAGGAAGACGAGGAACCGCCCAGGAAGUGGAAGGGAAUUGAAGCCAUUUUCCAGGCCUAUCAUGAUUAUGUGGAUGAACGAAGUGUUGAGAGGCAAGUUCUUCACAGUCAGUGUAAAAGACUGGAAGCACAGAACAUCAAUCUCAGUAGAACCGCAGAGCAGCUAUCUCUCACCAUGACGGAGCUGGUGAGUCAAAAGCAGCGGGUGCGUGAAGAGCGCGAGAGGCUUCACGCCCAGCUGGAGCACUUCAGGAGGUGCCUGACACUACCCAGCAUGCACUGGGGCAGAGGGGGGCACGUCAACAGGGAGGCUGUGUGCAAGGAGGAAACCUUUGCUUCCAAAGAACCCAAUACAACAUUCCAGGAGAAGGACCUCAUACCAACUGUGAAGCAUGGAGGUGGAAGUGUCAUGGUUCAGGGACGCUUUGCUGCAGCAGGACCUGGCCAGCUCACCAUUACAGAAUCCACCAAGAAUUCUAUCGUGUAUCAGAGUGUGCUUGAAGAACAUAACUGUCGAAUGUUGCCGUAG